UGGUUGUAAAGAGCUUGUACACAGCUUUCGAACCAUUUUUCAAAUAUAAAAAUCACAAUUUGGCCUACACAGCGAGCCAUCAUACAAUUUGAAUUCUUGUGCUCCAGACACAAUACUCGGUGUUCUUCAAAUGGGUCGUCUAAGGAUUUUAACAUUAUUAUUAUGCGCAAUAUCCUACUAUGUGCUUUGCAGCUGUAAGCUCUCGGACAAAACCGACUUUCAGCUAAACGAUUACCACAAUGCCUUUCGACACUCUAUUGCCGCUCUUCGUCGCACGACCGAUGAUUUUCGAGGACCGCUGCGUGUGAAACGUUCACAGAAAUACGAGAAUUUUGUGCAGUAUCCCAGCAGAGAAGCCGAAAUUGCACCUCAUCUUGGCUUCGAUCGUAUACCUUUCAACGACUACAAUCGCAUAGUGAGCGCCCUAAAAGAGAUGCUGCGUACACGUGACGAAAAACCCGUAAUGUUGCGCCCUCGACCGGGUCGACGCUCCGCAGCUGGAGAAGUCCCGCUUUGGCAAUACUUCAUAGAUGAAGCUGGCAACUUGAAUCUCGACACUGCUGACACUGUGGCCAUCGUGGGCGACGAGGACGACGCGCUAACGGACACAACAUUGAAGAAGUCGGCACCUUUCAAGCCCCGACUGGGGAAACGAGGCGAAGUCCUAAAAUGCCAGUGAAUCGUUAGUGACGUUGCAGCACUUGCGAGCACCGAGGUGUUAGCGGAUGAGCGCUGAGUAGGCGCUGUGUUAGUUGGCAGUGCGUUGCCGGUGUGGCUCGCGUGUUGCAUAACACAUCUGUACGCACAUCUGGAUAUGUAAAUAUUUUUUGUUUGCUUUGAUUGGUGCACAUUGCGGUUCAGCGGCUGUGUGGUCCUAACGGUUUUGCUGCUUUGUCAAGGCUUUCGUUGGCGACCAACAAUAACAAAUUUCACGUAACCCACACACACACACAUACUUACCACAUACGAAUAUUAAAUGACGUACGAAAAUUACAACGAAAAUAUGAAGAAAACCAAAAAAAAAGUUGAUAGAUGCCAAUAAUAGUAAAAAGGCAAACAUUUUAGUUGAUAAUUUGGAGCAAUUUCCCAGUUUUGUGGUUAAUUAAAACUUUCACUUGAUCCUUAUUGUGAAUUUUUAACGAGACCUCUAAAAUAUGUAUGCAUGUUAACUAGAAUAUGAAUAUUUAAUAUAAUAAAUACUUCAAUACAAAAACUAA